AUGUUUCCCCGCAACCUCCUUCGCCGCGUUCCAAAAAAUACGAACCUGCGUUGGCAAAAUGCCGCCGCAAAUAGAAUUUUUUCACUAACAGGACACGUCCCAUUGAAAACGCGGGUUCCGCCAGCGAUGCACCCUUACACGUGCAGACGGACAUUGAGCACCCCUGCACCAAUGGUCAAUGUCAGUGAUCUAUCUAUUGAACGGUACCACGCACUUUCGGACGCGACCAUGACCACCCUACUCGAACGGCUCGAGGACUUGCUGGAUGCUGUAGGGAAUGACACGUAUGAAGUAGACUAUCAUAGCGGCGUCCUGACGCUCAACCUAGGCACACACGGGACAUACGUGAUCAACAAGCAGCCGCCUAACAAGCAAAUAUGGCUGUCUUCCCCACUGAGUGGCCCAAAGCGUUAUGAUUACGUGCCGCAAUUAGACGACUGGCGAUACGCGCGAGACGGAAUGGGACUUGGACAGCUGUUGGGUGGAGAGCUAACGGAUAUGCUCCGAACGCAGGUCUCUCUGCAUCUAGAGGGUGUAUCUAUGCAGAUACAGGAGUAA